AUUUGUCGGCUCAAUGCACACAGAAUGGUUUCGGUUUGAGAUUGUUGCCAAGUCAACUUGGUUAUGCUAAAAAAUUGUAUUUAAAUUGGCGGGAAAAUGUGCCUGAAAGAGGUUGAGGGGAACAGUUAAGGAGGAGGAUGUUUUGCGUGCCGCUGAGCGAAAGAAAUUGAAUUAAGUUUUCAUUUAGCAAAUAACCUGCUGCUGCCACAGCGAGUACAAAUUGCAUUAUUUAUUGCACUUUACAGGGGCGACCCCAAAUAAACAAUCAUCACAUAAAUACGUAAUCAACAAGCGGCCCCAAAAAAAUACAAAAAAAGGGCGGAGAGAGACUCCUUGGCUGCCGGCCAACCACUCGGCUAUAAAAGCAGCACCACCAGAACCCAUCCCAAGGCCAUCCACCCACCCAACACAGAAUGUAGACAGACAUUAUGGAAGGUGGCGGUGGUGAAGCGAAAGUGAAAGUGAAAGUGUGAGUGAAGCGAUGUAAAGGCGAGACAUUUUGCAAUAUUAAAGGACCUGUUGCUGAUCCGAGGACCUGCAAUGGCCGUUCACGUCCUGGACUACGAUCACUUCGCCAUUAGUGCGAUCGUUGUGGGCAGUCUGCAGUUGUUCUUCUUCCUGGUCAACUCGAUGCUCCACAUGGACAAGCUGACGGACUUUGCCGGCGGUGUUAACUUCAUCAUCAUCUCACUGUUGACGUUCUUUCUUGGCCAAAUAGAUCGACCUUCGAAGGCCUAUGACAGUCGCCAGUUGAUGGUUACACUCUUCGUUUGUUUGUGGGGAGCCCGACUGUCCGGAUAUCUGCUCUAUCGGAUCAUCAAGCUGGGCCGCGACAAACAAUUCGAGGAUACCCGCCGCAACAUCAUCCGAUAUGCGGUCUUCUGGACCUUCCAGGCCGUGUGGGUGUACAUCGUAUCACUGCCGGUUAUUAUCAUCAACUCUCCGCGCCACUCCCAGCCGCAUGCCCCAAAGACGAUGACCACUUUGGACUCCACGGGCACGGGCAUGUUCAUUGUGGGAUUACUGGCAGAGACCUAUGCAGAUCUCCAGAAGUUCUCCUUUCGCCAGGACCCGGCUAAUCAGGGAAAGUUUUGUAACGAUGGACUUUGGAGUGUCUCACGGCAUCCUAAUUACUUUGGUGAAGUUGUGAUCUGGUGGGGAAUUUUCGCCAUAUCCUUGAAUGUGAUCAGUGGACACGAAUGGGUGGCCAUUGCCUCGCCAAUUUUUACCACAUUGAUCAUACUCUUCCUCUCAGGCAUUCCCCUGAGAGAACGCAGUGCCGAUGAGAAGUACAAAGAUCAGUUGGAGUACCGAAAGUACAAGGCGUCCACAUCACCGCUGAUCCCAGUGCCACCUGCUGUUUAUGUGGAGGUGCCCAGUGCCCUGAAGUUCAUCCUGUGCUGCGAGUUUCCCAUCUACGAUUCCAUGCGGAUCCAGAAGGAUCUGAGUCCCUAUUCGCUGUCGAUAGCCCGCUCCCACUCGCACAUCUAGCAGUCAGUGGCCCACUCCAGCAGCGCGGCAGCUGGGGUGGGUCAGCACACGCACUCGGCGGGUCAUCUGGUGGGUCAUGGCGCUGCCCAUUCUGGUGGCCAGUCCCUGCAUCGAGGCCACUGCUACGGUGCCAAUGGCGGGGAUGCGGAGAGUCAUCAUAACUGCGGCGGCAGCUGCCGGAACGUCCACGUAAAGUCCAAUCCGUACCAGUGCGAGGCGGGGUACGGACACUAUUCGAUGCGCCACACGGACGACGAGGAUACGGACGACGGGAUCAUCUACAUGGCCCGCACGCACUUCUUUCACGAACAGGAGCAGCAUCACCCGCAUCCGGUGAAGCCGCCCAAGUGCAGUUACUUGGCGGAGGAGGAGCUGGCAUCCGACUACGACGAGGACGUGCCGGCCAUUGACCUGAGCAAGGCCACCAGCGUGGAGAGCUUCGGCACCAGGGUGCAGACGGAAAGAGCCGUAAACGCGGAUGGUAUGCCGGUGACCGUGACUACGAUUUUGUGAUUGCAACUCUAAGAUUUGCAAUUAUGGGUAACCACUUUCUUGAAAGCCCAUUAACCAGAGCUAUGCCGCUUUCGUUGGGUAAGCGGUCUUGAUUUUGUACAAAAACCGGAGAUGGAUUUUGAUUUUGCUGACGAAUUGCCAAAGUACCAGAGUCGUUCCAAGGAUCAUGGAUACUCACAGCUGUCUAACACUCUAGUCUCUAUGCUACUGUUGCUCAAAGAAAAAGUAAUAUAACUAAUGUGCCUCUUAUGUGCUCUGCGCACCCCUAGAUUGUUGCACUCUUUCAAAGUUUAUGCUAGUCUUUGUUGAACUCCGAUUACCAACUGUUGUCCUUAAAACGUAAUAACUACAUAUAUAUACUUCAAAUGCAUAUUUUCGUAUCGAAACCACACACACCCCACCAAAACAAAUACCAAUCUGAUGCCAUUUUUUAACUGAAACAUAUCCCCAGGCAACGGCAACCCACAAAGCUCGAUUUCCAUAAACUAUAUAUACACGAUAUGGAAAACCAAUAAGCAUAUUUGAAGUACAAGGAUUGUAAUUGUGGAAUUACGAAUAGAUAUGUUCGAUAGCCAUUGUUAUUUUAUAUACAGAAAUAUCUAUUAGUAGUAGUUAACAACUAAAUGAGUAAUAUUAAAGUAAAUACGAAAUAUACUC